CGGGCCCGGGGUUGGUGUUUGUAAACUUGCCUCGGUCCCGACGCGGGCAGCGGCGGCCGCGGGCUUGGCACGGGGUGCCUGGGGCCUGGAGGGGGCGCCGCGCGGCGGAGGAGACGACGGGAGGCCGCGCCGGGCAGGUUUCUGGAACAGACCUAGAGCUUCACCAAGAGAAUUCAACUUGGAAACCAAGACUGGUAGACUCUCGUUUCUUCCGACAAGAGGCAGAAGUCAGAGAGAGACUGCAGAUUCUUGGGACACCUGUUUUCCUUUUGGAGGACACCGAGUUCUUUGAGAAGACAGUUCUCAAUAUGGCAAAGGAACUGAAGGAACGGGGAGGAGCCGUUACUGUGAUUUGGUGACGGUUCUUCAGACAACCAGUGUCUUAAGGAAAACUGGGACAGAGAACUUCUGAACUUUUGGGGUUCGUUAAGUGAGAAGUCAGCAUGGCUCAGGUAAAAAGCUCUCGAGUCCUCCUUCAAGACCGUUCACUGGGAAGCCUCUUUGCAGUGUCACCCUUGAAUUCUGCCUUAGCCAACAGUAUUGACCAUCCCCAGUGAGCCGAGCUCUGUAUUAAGCGCCAGGGGGAGAUCUAGAGGAAGGAAAGGAGACAGGCCACAGCCCCUGCCUUCAGGGAGCUUCCAGUCAAAUGAAGGAGGAAUUUUAUUGAGCUCCUGUUACAUGCACGGCAUUGUGUUUGGAAUACAAAGAUGAAUAAGAUUGCCCUUGUCCCCAGCAAGUCUUCUGGCUUGUGAAGGCCUAGCAGGUGUGAGUUUGGUUCCCACUGCAGCCAGCAAGAAGAUGAUGCUGAGCCAGAUUGCCAGCAAGCAGGCUGAAAACGGCGAACGGGCAGGUAGCCCUGAUGUGCUGAGGUGCUCCAGUCAGAUGGACUGUAAGCCUAGAUUUGAUUUGUCUUCAAAGGGCCACCGAAAAGACAGUGAUAAAUCCCGCAACCGCAAAGAGGAUGACAGCUUGGCUGAGGCCUCUCAUUCAAAAAAGACUGUUAAAAAGGUGGUGGUAGUGGAACAAAAUGGCUCUUUUCAAGUAAAGAUUCCCAAAAAUUUUAUUUGUGAACACUGCUUUGGAGCCUUUCGGAGCAGUUACCACCUCAAGAGGCACGUCCUUAUCCACACUGGUGAGAAACCAUUUGAGUGUGAUGUCUGUGAUAUGCGUUUCAUCCAGAAGUACCAUCUCGAACGCCACAAGCGGGUACACAGUGGCGAAAAGCCUUACCAGUGUGAACGAUGUCAUCAGUGUUUUUCUCGGACAGACCGACUACUCAGACACAAACGGAUGUGCCAAGGAUGCCAGUCCAAGACUUCUGAUGGGCAGUUUUCUCUAUAGGCACGAGGGGUCCUAGGUGGUGGGAAGUGCUGAGGAAAGUCUCUGGAAGAGCAUAGCCCUGUGUUCUGGUGGUCCCACCACCGCUCCCUCUGAACCUGUCCCCCUUCCUAGAGGACCGGCCCCAGGUUAGCAGAAGAGCGUCUGAGGACAUCGGCUCCAAAGCCCCAACUCUGUAACCAGUCUGAGACUAUUGAGUAUCCCAGAGACACCUGCAGCAUUCCUGGGCAAGGGAGCUGGUCCCUAAACCUCAGCUGAGGUGAGGUGGGGACUCAAAGGUGCAGGACCAAGACUGAAAUGUUCCCACAACCUUGGACUGGAACUGGCAGCUAAAAUGGAAAGGACCGGGGAGGGGGUUUUGUUUGUUCUGUUUUUGUUUAUCCAAAAGCAAUUUAAACAGGUAAACCGGGGAUACAGGUAAUGUGGAGGGGACAGUCCUGAAGCACAGCAAGGACUGUGGCUGGUCUGGCCGUGUCUGUCACCACAGUCCCUUGGUGUUCCACAGCCCGCCCUUCCUCUUUGAAAGCAAAUAGGACAGGGGCUGGCAGCUGGGCUUCCUUGGACUUCUUAUACACUGUGAAGACAAAAGGAGAAACUGGGAAGGACAGACGUGGGCUGGACAAGAAGCGUAGGCAUACCUUUUCUUAUCUCCUCAAGAAGAGCGGUGUUAUGUCACGGGUGUUCCCAUGGUUUGUGCGGCACUGGGGCCUGAUGGGAUCAGCUCAAGUGCCUUGUGGAGGACUUGGGUGCGGUAGCCCAUUUGGCUCUUAUUUCUGGGAAGUUGGUCUUGGUUGUGGUUUGUGGCUACCUCGCUUGUCCUUGACUCCAGAACCCAGGCACAGUUGAGCCAGGGGGUUGUGGGUGUCAGAGUGGGCUGUCCUUUUGUGCCCUCUUAGAACAAGGAUAGUCCAAAGUUUUGUUAACUAUGAGAAAAACAGAAAUUGUGACAGUCCUUAUGUGACUUGUGUGAUGGAGCCCUCUCCCUGCCAGAAUCCUCUGCUUGUUCAAGUAGAGGAGAUGGAGGUCUGGUCUGGUCUGGUCUGGUCUGGUCUUCAGUCUCAGAGAACCGACCAUGACUCACUCCUGAUAGCAUCCCUGCAGAGUGGUGGUGGGGCGGGGGGAUACUUCAGAGGAAGGAUUGCAGGAAGACACCUAAUGUCUGCUUUAUUCUUGACCUUACUCUGUUACAACACCCUUCUAUCUUGUCUACCCCUGGAAAGGUGAUUGGAUUAGUGUGUGUGUCUGAUUUGUGAAUGCUUGUGUUUCUUUGCUUGGAAGGGAUGAAAAUUGUUGACUGAAAUUUAUUCAGCCACCAACGUGAAGGACGUCUGCCUCCCGGAGCUUGCUGAGAACAAGGGAACAGAGGGGCUUGUUUCAGAAGAAUGUUGAGGGGUUUUCUCAUUGUUGUUAGGUUGACUUAACAGUGUACUGAUCGGGGUGUUUCUAAGCCAGGGCUUCUGAACAUGUAUUUUCUAAAGUGAGAUAACUUCUGCUAAAGAAAGGAUUCUUAAGGGAGACCUUGGGGUUUCAUUGAGCACUACAGGACCCCUGAGGCCUACUUCCGGUGUAGUCAUUGGGUUACACCUGAGCACAUAACUCCAGCUGUGGGUAGGAAUCUGAGCUGGCGGCCUCCAGGAAGAAGUUUUGACUUGCAAAUGAGAGCCAGGCAGCAACCUACCUUAAGACCUCUUCCAGUGUAUUGGGAGAUGGUCCGCCACAACUUAAGGGGAGAAGGGAGAAUGUCUCAGCCUUCAGCUUUCCUCUGAUAGCACCUGAGAGGAGGUCUGAAGAGGACGCACUGCUCUGUGUUCUGGCUUCCUGCUGUCCCUCUAACGUGCUGUAGAGCCUGCGCCUCUGACCUUUGUCUGCCGUGUGGCCCCUGGGCAUCCAUGUUCGUGAUGCACAGACCCUUUGCUGUUAGAGGGUUCUGCUGGGCUGGGGUUUUUCUGUCACUCAACUCUGGGAAAGAGGAUACGUUGAGAAAGAUAUCCUCCCAGAAAUGCUUUUGAAAGUGGAAUCCCUCCCUGCCACUCGUAGAUGAUCUGUUUGUGCUGAAAGUUGGCAGAGUGACCCAUGCCUCUGCAGGUAUGAAUGUGUGUCCUGGGUCAGAGCAGGCCCUGCAGACAGUGGCGUCCUGCCUAGGUGGGAGCUGAGAGAAGUGAGAGAGAACUGGAUGUGUACAGACAGCCCACCCAGAACCACACUGCCAAGGCCAGGUGUGAGAGGCUCAGAAGCUGGCAGUGGGUAAGGACAGACAGGCUCUGGGGUGGAGAGUAAUACAACAGCCGAGGGCCUGAGCGGGAGCCACAUCUCUACCCCGGGGGAAUGCACAGACAGCUGCAAAGGCUCCUGAGCCUGAUGCCCCCCUCUGCUGGGGUGGGUUGUUAGCACUGGACAGAUGUCUCAGGUGUGUGUAGAAGGGGAAAUGAGAAGGUGGGUGCUCAGACAUCAGAAUGUGGAUGUGGGGUUGGUGGGGAGAGUAAUGCCGGUCCUCGGGUGGACUCCUGCACCAGGCCGUCCCAUCCCGCCCUUGCUGGUGCCUGCCCUUCCGAUCCGUCCCCGACAGCCUCUUGUCAUUUAGCUACUGAUUGUACUUCAUGGCUUGACAUAGAGGGUUAGAGGAGUGGGGUGACCACACUUUGAGCCCUCUCCCCAGGUUCCUUCUGCCCCUGCUGUGGCCCUGGGCUUUUAUCUUCAAUUCCCCUCCUACCAUGCUCCAUUUUUUUUUUUAAAUAUACUUAUUUUGCUAUGGGGGAGGGGAACUAUCAAAUGGACAAGAUUACUUUUAAUGUAGUUUUUAUAAGAUGUUAUAAACUUGUAUCUUUUUACCAUUAAAGUGCAGUGUAUGUUCCUUCGUGACAUAUUUAGGAUAUUUAAAUAAAAAGGACAGCGCUUUUCUACA